CUCCAAAUUCCACAAUUAAUCUUAUAAUCUUGUACUAGCAAUGCGGCUCUUCUGAUCCGUCUAGGAAAGCCGCCGGUAUGAUAAGUCGGUGCAUAACCCCGGGGACGGAUGCGUUGAUCUGAUUAUCAAAGGCCUGGCAAGCGUUUCAGCGUCGGGUAUACCCACGGCCCACGCGGCCAUUAUAUUGAGAUGUUCGGUAGCUGAUACCUAUGUAGAGCGUAGAGAACGAUGGCGGUAAGAGAGGACCCGUGAAAAGCUAGAGAGUCUACUUGCGACGCUUUACCGUAAUCUGCGUUAACUAAGAUCAAUAAUCUUCUCGUUUCUCGGGAGUUUUACAUAUCUAGUUAGAGGCUCCGUUGGCUUCGUUGGCUCCAUUGAGGAGAUCUAGAGGACCCCACUCCUUGCCCCCUAUUUCUCAGUCCUCAUGCAAGAAAAAUGCCGAAUAUCUCCUUUAUAUACUAAAGAUCCGUACCUUAGGAGUUAUAUCCAUCUUUACAACUUACAACUAUAUUCUUCUAUUUAUUCCCAAUAUUUUAGUCCAGUUACCUUUAUAUUCAGAUCAACAUGCUUUUAAAACAUCUAGUCCUAUUCCAAUUCAAAGCCGACACCGGCGCCGACGCCGUGAAUGAGGCAACGUCGCGCAUGCUUGGUCUGAAGGAAGGCUGCGUCAAUGCCACGUCGGGGAAACAAUACAUCAGGUCUCUUACCGGCGGCAAAGACAACUCUAUCGAAGGAGCACAGCGUGAUCUCACACACGCUUUCGUUGCGGAAUUCGAAUCGAUCGAGGACCGGAACUAUUACGUUAACGAGGACCCGUGGCAUGCGGAAUUCAAGAGCUGGGUAGUGCCGUUUCUAGAGAACUUCGUCAUUGUGGAUUAUUCCGAGGGAGUCUUCUAAUGUUCUCAUACCUGAGUUAGCACGGGGUUAUCAUCGUAUCUAGCAAGCCAGUAUUGUCCCAAUAAAACUGCCUAUAGGUAAACAACACAACUAAAAUGUCUCGUAAUUCACCAGCUUCUUCUCAUUCCUCGAGUAUGUAGAACCUCGAUAACGUACAUUCAUAAUCUAUAAAACAGUAACGUCCUGU